AUUGUUUCUAUAUAAUAAAACUCAAUUUUGAAAAAAAAAAAAAAAAAAACGAAAAAAGAGAAAAGUAAAAAAUGUAAUUUGCAUGAUCCGCCGAGAUCCUGGGCGUGUGUAUAUAUAGGGGUGGGAAGUUGAUCGACACUCCUCGCUUCUCGCUACUCAAUCCCAUUUCUUGGUCUAAAUCAUUUCCUCUCUCUUUCAUUCAUUACAGUUUCCUCUUGUUUUCAAGAGGGAAUAUUUUGUUUUUUGAAUUCUUUUUCCUUUUUUAUCCUCUGGUGAAUCUGAUCCAAAUAACAGCGAGAUAAUCCCCGGUUAAAAUGUCGACGUUCACGCCCAAGAAUAUCCUAAUUACCGGGGCUGCCGGAUUCAUUGCAUCACAUGUUGCGAAUAGGCUAGUUCGAAACUACCCUGAGUAUAAGAUCAUUGUUCUUGACAAACUCGAUUACUGUUCCAGUCUCAAAAAUCUGAAUCCAUCCAGCUCUUCUCCCAACUUCAAGUUUGUUAAGGGAGACAUUGGUAGUGCUGACCUCGUGAACUACCUUCUCAUCACUGAGAAUAUCGAUACUAUUAUGCAUUUUGCUGCCCAGACUCAUGUUGAUAAUUCAUUCGGCAACAGCUUUGAGUUCACCAAGAACAACAUCUAUGGCACCCAUGUUCUUUUGGAGGCCUGCAAGGUUACUGGUCAGAUCAGGAGGUUUAUCCAUGUCAGCACUGAUGAGGUGUAUGGGGAGACUGAUGAGGAUGCUGUUGUUGGCAACCAUGAGGCCUCGCAGCUGCUUCCCACGAACCCUUACUCAGCAACCAAGGCAGGGGCGGAGAUGCUUGUCAUGGCUUACGGCAGAUCUUAUGGUUUGCCUGUGAUCACCACUCGCGGGAACAAUGUUUAUGGUCCGAAUCAGUUCCCUGAGAAGUUGAUUCCCAAGUUUAUCCUCUUGGCCUUGAGAGGACAGACUCUUCCCAUUCAUGGCGAUGGCUGUAAUGUGCGCAGUUAUCUUUACUGUGAGGAUGUUGCAGAGGCAUUUGAAGUAGUCCUCCACAAGGGAGAAGUGGGCCAUGUCUACAACAUAGGGACGAAGAAGGAGAGGAGGGUCAUCGAUGUUGCCCAAGACAUAUGCAAGCUGUUUAACAAAGAUGCUGACAAGAGCAUUCAGUUUGUGGAGAACAGGCCAUUCAACGAUCAGAGGUAUUUCCUUGACGACGAGAAGCUGAAGCAUUUGGGUUGGUCUGAGAGGACCACUUGGGAAGACGGCUUGAGAAAGACGAUGGAGUGGUACAUCAGCAACCCUGACUGGUGGGGUGAUGUCUCUGGUGCUCUGAUACCUCAUCCUAGAAUGCUGCUGAUGCCUGGUGGUGCGGAAAGAGUUUCUGAGGACUCCGAAUCUGGAUUAUCUGGUAACCCUAACCAGACCAAGAUGUCGGUUCCUUCUGCCAAAAACAGCGCUUCUCCUCCCAAACCAGGAUUCAAGUUCUUGAUCUAUGGUAGGACAGGGUGGAUUGGCGGUUUGCUUGGGAAGUUGUGUGAGAAACAAGGGAUCCCUUACGAAUAUGGAAAGGGGCGUUUACAGGAUCGUGCUUCACUUUUGGCAGAUAUUGCUGCAGUUAAACCUACUCAUGUGUUCAAUGCCGCUGGUGUAACUGGUAGACCCAAUGUUGAUUGGUGUGAAUCUCACAAGACAGAGACAAUCCGUACCAACGUUGUUGGUACAUUGACUCUUGCAGAUGUCUGCAGAGAGCAAGGUCUUCUGGUGAUGAACUAUGCAACUGGUUGUAUAUUCGAGUAUGAUGCUGCACACCCCGAAGGUUCUGGAAUCGGGUUUAAGGAAGAAGACACACCCAAUUUUGCUGGUUCAUACUAUUCUAAGACCAAGGCCAUGGUAGAAGAUCUCUUGAAAGAGUUCGACAACGUAUGCACCCUAAGAGUCCGGAUGCCAAUAUCUUCCGACCUUGAGAAUCCACGCAAUUUCAUCACAAAGAUUUCUCGGUAUAAUAAGGUGGUGAACAUUCCCAACAGCAUGACAGUCUUGGACGAGCUUCUUCCAAUCUCAAUUGAGAUGGCCAAGCGAAACCUCCGGGGCAUAUGGAACUUCACAAACCCUGGCGUCGUCAGCCACAACGAGAUCCUGGAAAUGUACAAGAAGUACAUCAAGCCAGAUUUCAAAUGGAGCAACUUCACACUGGAAGAGCAAGCCAAGGUGAUCGUUGCUGCUAGAAGUAACAACGAGAUGGACGCCUCCAAGCUGAAAAAGGAGUUCCCCGAGCUGCUAUCCAUCAAGGAGUCGUUGAUCAAGUACGUUUUCGAGCCCAACAAGAAAACCUCUGCUGCUUGAGCAUUCUGCAAAUUUGUAUACCUGUGGCCAUACAUUACAUAUUGUAUUAGUUAUUACUACUGCACUUGUUGUUACUCUUAAUUAUAUGUUAGUUUUUCUAGCUAAUAUUUUUAUAUUUUAGAGUGUACAACUCUGAGAUUGGUUAAUUUACAGUUUGAUCAACGCCUUUGGUUUAAGUUGGUCGUGCGUGUUUGUGAGUGUAACAUUCUUCAGCUAUCUUAUUAAAUAAAUGGACGUCCUACCCUUUUCAUA